ACGGGCAGAAUACACAACCCGAGCACUGUUGGACUUUGGAUUGCUUUGAACCAGGAUAUUGAUAUCGAGCUAUUUUUAUUGCUUUGUCCGAAUUUUGAGACAUUUGUUAAGUUCAAUAAUAUUGCGUCGUUGGUGCAUUUGAACAUUUACAGUUUGCAUCUACCCCCUAAACCCGUGCCCAAUGCCGAGGAAUGGAUAGUGUGUCUGAGAAAGGUGGAAAGAUGGUCGAGAGUGAUGAGCAGUCGGAGAGGGAUAGUGGCGGUGGCGCAGCGAUGGCAGCUCUACACCAAUGCGAACUCAUCCAGAACAUGAUUGAAAUCUCUAUAUCCAGUUUACAGGGGCUCCGGACGAAAUGCGCCGCGUCCAACGACCUCACACAGCAAGAGAUACGUACUUUAGAGGUGAAGCUGAUGAAGUACAUUUGUAAGCAGCUGCAGUGUAAGCAGAAAGUGCCGGAGACAGAGAGGCCUCAGGCCUUGGACAGCUACCCACGGCUGGGGGACUGGCUGCGGACCGUCAACCUGAGACCUGAGCUCAUAGAGGCGGUGCCGGUGAAGCUGUCCUUGGAUGCCUUGCUGCAGAUGCCAGGUUCUCACGUGCGGGAGACCAUGAGGAGACUGGGCUCCAGUUUAGAGGAGUGUUCCAGGCUCAGCGCUGCCCUCUCCUGCCUGAAGAGUGCCACUGAAUCAGAUGGAGAGCUAAGAGAGGAUGGGGGGCCCUGGUUCUCUGAGCCCACCCGGCGAGAAAGUGGCUCUCUGCUGCUGCCUCCCGACCAGCUUUUGGGAGGGAUGGGGGGUCCAAUGCGCCCCCACAGCCCCUCUCCUCUUGCUCGGCCCCCCACCACCCCAUCCACUCCCUCCACCCCCUGCACCGCCUGUGCCCAUCCCCGGUCCUUCUCCGUGUCUACAAUGCCUGGUCCCGAGGCCCACGGGGCGUACGUUUACGCUGACAGCCCCCUCACAGACCCCUUCCCCCUCUCUGCCGCCCGACAGGGGCGACUCCACGGGCACAACUCCACCCCGCCCCUCACCCCGCCCUCCAAGAGACGCCACAGGCUGAAGCCCCCCUGCACCCCGCCGCCCCCCUCCCGCAAGGUGCUGCACCUUCUGCCCAACAUCACCCUGACCCGCAGCAAGAGCCACGAGUCCCAGCUGGGGAACCGCAUCGAGGAGCCGCCAACCAACAAGUAGGUCACUUCUUAUAACAUGGGGUUGCACCGUGGCUCCCCACAGGCAGUGAGGAGAGACAUAGGCCUGGCCGUCACUCACAGGUUUUCCACCAAGUCGUGGCUGUCCCAGACGUGUCAGGUCUGUCAGAAGAACAUGAUGUUUGGUGUGAAGUGUAAACACUGCAGGUUAAAGUGCCAUAACAAGUGUACUAAAGAAGCUCCCUCCUGCAGAAUCUCUUUCCUGCCAAUCACCAAAAUCCGGAGGACUGAGUCUGUGCCGUCUGACAUCAACAACCCUGUAGACCGGCCAUUAGAGACACCACAGUUUGGCACACUGCCAAAGGCCAUCACCAAAAAGGAUCACCCCCCUGCGCUGAACCAGUUGGACUCCAGCAGUAACCCGUCCUCCACCACCUCCUCCACACCCUCCUCCCCUGCCCCUUUCCAGAACCCUCCCAGUGCUACCCCGCCCCCCAACUCCUCACCCAAGGUCCACCGGGACAACCGCUUCCACUUCCCAGAUGUGUCCAGUUCUUCUACGUUGCACUCUGAAGCCCUCCAUGACACAGUUGAGACUGAACCAGCAGAUGACAUACACUCUGAACUGGCCGAGGAUGAGGACGGAGAGGAGGAAGAAGAGGAUGAGGAGGUGGUUGAACCUGAGAUCGACCCAGACCCAGUAGUGGAGGAAGAAGAUGAGGAGGAGGAAGAUGAUGAUGAUGAAGAUGGGGGUGGGAGUGAGAUGAAUGGGGGUUCGGAUGGUGAGUGUGAUGGUGAUGAGUUGGAUGACCUGCCCAACUCAAGGGGAGGUCGCUGGAAAGGUCCCAUCUCCCGUAAGGCCAGCCAGACCAGUGUCUACUUGCAGGAGUGGGACAUCCCCUUCGAACAGCUGGACCUGGGAGAGCUCAUUGGGAAGGGCCGUUGGGGCAAGGUGCAUAAGGGCCGUUGGCAUGGAGAGGUGGCCAUCAGGCUGCUGGAGAUAGAUGGGAACAACCAGGACCACCUGAAGCUGUUUAAGAAGGAGGUGAUGAACUACAGACAGACCCGUCAUGAGAACGUGGUCCUCUUCAUGGGGGCAUGCAUGGCCCCUCCCCACCUUGCCAUCAUCACCAGUUUCUGUAAAGGGAGGACACUAUACUCUGUCGUUCGAGACACCAAAAACACACUGGAUAUAAACAAGACGAGGCAAAUUGCUCAAGAAAUUGUAAAGGGAAUGGGCUAUCUGCAUGCCAAAGGCAUUGUCCACAAGGACUUGAAGUCGAAGAACGUCUUUCAUGACACCAAUAAAGUGAUUAUUACAGACUUUGGUCUGUUUGGAAUCUCUGGAGUGGUUCAGGAGGGGAGGCGAGACAAUGAGCUGAAGCUUCCACAUGGCUGGAUCUGUUACCUGGCGCCAGAGAUCGUACGCAGGAUGAGUCCUGGAAACAAUGAGGACCACCUGCCAUUCUCCAACGCUGCAGACGUCUACGCCUUUGGCACCAUUUGGUACGAGCUCCAAGCCAGGGACUGGCCUAUCACCAACCAGCCUGUGGAGGCUACCAUCUGGCAGGUGGGGAGUGGUGAGGGCAUCAAGAAGGUCCUGGCUGAGAUCAGCCUGGGAAAGGAGGUCACGGAGAUCCUGUCUGCCUGCUGGGCCUAUGACCUGAGGGAGCGGCCCACCUUCACCCAGUUGGCUGACAUGCUGGAGAAGCUUCCCAAACUCAACCGGAGACUGUCCCACCCUGGACACUUCUGGAAGUCUGCAGAUUCACAGGUGUCAGCAUGCAAUGGGACCUUCCUCUCAUCAUCUCACUACCCACUGGAAAUGGAAAUAUGUUGGUUAUUUAUGACUGAAGGUGUUUGAUGAUGAAGUGAGUGCCCUGAUUAUUAAAAGACGUAGGAGGGCGCCACAGAGAAGCAAGAGAUGCCUUCUAUCAGCCUGUGAGUGGUGUAGAGGUAGACCAUUCAAGUAGUUUAGUAGAUUCAUUCACAGUGCAAAAAUAAUAGAACAAGAGCCUGGCGCAAAAGUAUCCUAUAAUUUACUCCUUAAACAUGACCUUUUGUGCGCGCUUGUGUGUAUUAUGUUUGUGAUUGCUUGCCUCAGUUGGUGUGCUGGUGUUUGUGAGUGUGUAUGUGCGAGUGAGUGUAUUGUAUUGGAACAUGUAGGGUUGAUUUAGUGAAAGACUGCAGUAAAUGUUAUAUUGACGAUAUCAGUGGUAUCUAAGAUAGACAUGUAUAUACAUUAUUUAAUGUACAGCUAAUUAACACGAUUAUUGUAAUAUUUGUACAAACAUUUUAUAUGUACUAUACAUCAUUGCAUUUUUAAAUAGGUACUGCCCCCCUAUUACAGAUGUAUAUAUAUUUAUAUUUUUUCAUGUACAAAAUACUGUAAAAAUACUGUACAUUUUUUUUGAAUGUUUUUUAUGUCAUGUAAAAAUUCAUAUUUUUGUAUUGCAUGUGGCUACCAUUCUGUAAACAGUUUCUGUUUUCAUCCUUGAAAGACAAUAAAAUGAUGCUUGUCAUG